UCGUUACGCGGCCCCGCACCGCCCGAGCGAGUCGGGCGCCUUCGUAAAGCGAGCGGAGUGCGACGGUGAAGCCGGGAGGUCCCGGUUAGCGAAACGUUGCACCUCCCCAAACCCCAAACACCGGCGCAACCCCGCUGCCGAGCCAAGACGCCUAGCAAGAGAGAGGCGGAGAGCUGCGGGCCCAGCUGCGGUCGGAUGUGUCCGGUUGGAAAGGGUGUUUUCGAGGCGUCCGUCGAGCCUUUCAUUCUGUAUCUCCUUCCGUCGUACUCGAGGCUUGGUUUUUUGUGUGUUUGUUUUUGUUUUUAGGCAGCCGGCUUAUGGUUUGACGCGACACCGUUUACCCAAAAGUAGAGUAAAAGAGCUGGUUUGAUGUACCAGGCGUCUGGAGAGGAGGCACCAUGAGCGGUGAGCCGGAUGCUCUAACCGUGGUGAACCAGCUGCGAGACCUUGCGGCGGAUCCCCUCAACAGAAGAGCCAUAGUAGAGGAUCAAGGCUGUCUCCCAGGUCUCAUCCUUUUUCUGGACCACCCUAACCCACAGAUUGUCUACUCUGCUCUCUUGGCGGUGCGCUACCUGGCAGAAUGUCGAGCCAACAGGGAGAAGAUGAAUGGCGAGCUGGGCAUGAUGCUGAGCCUGCAGAAUGUCAUGCAGAAAGGUACGUCCCCUGGGGAAACCAAACUGCUGGCCUCUGAGAUUUAUGAGAUCUUGCAAGCAGCUGGGAGAGAGGAGGCCGAACAAGCCGAGGCGGCCGCAGCGUCAUGCCGCCGCAAGGCCCAGUUCUUCCUGGGCUCCACCAACAAGAGGGCCAAGACAGUGGUGCUGCACAUCGACGGGCUGGAUGACUCUUCUCGAAGGAGUCUGUGUGAGGAGGCCUUGCUAAAGAUCCGAGGGGUCAUCAGCUUCACCUUCCAGAUGGCUGUGAAGAGGUGUGUGGUCAGGAUCCGCUCCGAUCUAAAAGCUGAGACCCUGGGCACAGCUAUCAACUCUACGAAAGUGUUGACCGCUCAGCAGGUGGUGAAGGCAGACAAUGGAGGAGAGGUGAUGGUUCCAUUCCAGGGGGACACUGUGGUGGUGGUGGAAGAGAACACCGACAUCCCAGACUACUUGCCCGAGGACGAGAGUCCAUCCCAGGAGCAGGACAGGGCCGUGACGCGCGUCGGCUCCGUCACCGACGGCAUGGGCUGGCUCAGCACGGCCGCCAACUUCCUGUCCCGCUCCUUUUACUGGUGACCACUUUGCGCGCCGACUUCUCCCACCCUUUCCCAAAAUUAAUAUCUGACCUCCGCCUUAGCUGUCAGUCGCCCUAGCCAUAUAGCCGACGCUCCGGUCGACGGUAGUCUAGACUCCUCUGCAAAGCACACACAAGCCUGGUUUUGGACUGCCAAGUGGAACCGGCUGUAACUUUAACCUGUAUAUACGGUGCACCAGGCUGGCUCUACGCUCACACUACAUGCGCUAGCUACUUCAAUAUCUUGGACUUGAGAACCGGUCGGCCAUUGUUAUUUGUUUUCAUACUUUUGAGUUUGUCCUCAACACCCAGUAAUUCCCACUGUUUUGAAACCAAACAGCAUGCGUAGAGCUGUGUUGCCGGAGUCGUGGCAGGUUUUUUUUUUUUUUCUUCUUCUGCGGCGUCGAAGAUUGGGAGUUUCCUUUUUCCUGCAUGAGCUUUGGGUCGUUUAUUGCCUCUUUGGUGUAUAUUUUCUUCGCUGGUCUUCUCUUUUGCCAAUAAUUUGAUUCUGGCUAAUUGUCGCCCCUUCCACUGAGGGUUUGUUUUUUUUUUGUUUU